AUGGCAAUCUACAACCCGUUUGCUAAACGAGAAUCUCAUCAUCGCAACCUCUUGAUCACGUAUCAAGUGCUGUCAGUCCUGUCAUGGAUCCUGGUCGUCGUUACUGGCAUCUACUAUUCGCUCCACAAGCCUCAUGAUGUGAAGCAUGGACACAACAUCUGGAAGCAAGCAAACAAACACCCGACACCCUUCUCCCAGAACACAGUCAUUACUGGGAUUUAUUGGGUUCUGCUGCUAUUGUCUCAAGUCAGUUAUGUCGGGCAAUUCUUCUCCAGAAACUCUGCCUUGGUCACAAGCGCUGCCAAUGUCGCUUCUCAUUUCAUCUUGAACAACCUCUUGGUCUUUGCUUUCAUCUUGCUCUGGGUCCGGAAUCAUUUCUGGCCAGCCGAACUCAUCCUCAUUGUCCAUGUCCUGAGUCAGUCAUCGGCAUAUUGGAUUCAUCUUGCAUCUCCUCCUUUCGUGCACUGGCCUGCCAUCGCCGGCCCAUACGCCUGGUCGCUCACUGCUCUAUUCUGGAAUGGCGCCGUUGCAGUGCAUGCCCAUAACUUGCCCUCACGCGUUGUCGCCAAUAUUUUCAUCUGGGUGAUUUUCGUCAUUGGGUUUGUUCAUAUUUUCUUUGCCAGAGAUUAUAUUUUUGGAUAUUCCUUGUCCAUUUUGACCCUAUCACUGGCUGUCAAACAAUUUGAUAUCAAGAUUAUUGCCCUGCAGUGGAUCUUCGCCUUUGUUAUUUUCGCGGUCUUCUUCGUCGGCUCGCUAUAUGUCUCGUCUACCGCUUAUGCCGGUCGAAACCUUUGGCUUCAGCGUGUCGUGUCUCCGGAGUCAUCGACUGAACGUGAACGAGAGCCAUUGCUCGAUGAGCCUUGA